GUCGGCACGUGACGCGACGCGACGCGCCGUGUCCGUCGAAUUGACGUCGGUUUCCGAAGGCGGGGAAGCCAGCACGAGAGCAAGACGAGAUCUCGCGAGUGCACGUCGGAAACUUACGGACGGAAAAAAUGAGUGUUCGCGAACGCCGGUCCCUCGUAUUAUCACGCGCGAGUGCCUGGACGCGGCGUUGAAAAAAAAAAAAAUCCGGAGUGCCACCUGGAGGGGUUCCUGACGAUUUAGCGAGAUUGGAUCCUUCCAGGUCGCGUCGGCAUGGCGGGCGUAGCGGCCGCCGGUCUCGAAGUGCACGAGGCGGGCCGGGCUUUGCGCGUGCAAACGGAAGCGCCACAUCUCGUCUCCAUGGGAAGCGGACGACUGUCGACGGCCGUGACUUUGCAUCCUCUACCCGAAGGCAAGAUCACGCUCGGGUCCAGCCGAGAUGCGGACAUUUCGGUGGCCGGCACCGGCGUCGAGCCCGUACACUGCGCGAUCGAGAACAAUAACGGCGUGGUCACUCUUCAUCCCGUAAAUGGAAACACGUUUGUCGACGGUGUACCGAUAAAUUCGCCAGUGAGACUCGCACAAGGUUGCAUGCUCUCGAUAGGUCGCUCGAACUAUAUGCGUUUCAAUCACCCGGCCGAGGCGAAGCACCUGCGAUCCAUUCUGCCCCACUCGAGGAUUUCGAUGGCACCGAUAAGCUUCUCCUCGCUGACCGAUGGUCAGCCGCAGGAGAAGCAUCAUUUAGAAAGAAAACCGCCUGUCGCGCCACGGAAAUCCCCUAGAAACUCAUGCUCCGACGACGAGAUCGGCUUCCUCGGCAAGCUGACGAAAUUCGAAAUGCUGUCGAAGCAGAACCGAGCGAACUGCGUCUCCCCGAAGGUCUUCCCGGUCGGCGCGCUCACGACGAACGUGCCGGCCGAUCAGAUCCUCGGCCACUCGAGAUCGUCCAGUCUGGUGUCCUUGGCGAGAUCGCCGGUGAACGGCUGCGACGUCUCCAAUAACAACAACGUCUACGACAAUUCUCCGUCGCGGAACUCGACGAGUCGGCACAGCAGCGAGGCUCAUCGACAGAGGAGCCCGGAUUCGCGCAGCACGCCAACACGAUCGAGCGCGACCAACCUCUCGCAAUGCCAGAACCACAAUCAGAUCAGAAUGUACUCAGCAGAGACCUAUCUGAAGACGUGCAGUCCUUAUUAUCGUGAGUGCGGCGGCGGUAACGGCAGGAACGCGCCGUCCCUCGGUGCGGCCCCGAAACUCGUGGCCUCGCGAAGCGACCUGAUGUCUCGAAGUAUGACCUGCCAGAGCUCGAACGAGCUCGAGCACCUCGCCGAGCGCGACUACGACAUGAGCCAAAGCCUGAUCGUCACGAAGACGACGACCACGGAGUUCCUGCAGCUGGGAAAGUACGGAUCUAAUCCGAGCAUUUGUGACUCCAAUAUCGACGAGGACGCCGGGCUCUCGAGAUCGCCCGCGGCUCGCAACUUCGGCUCGAACCCGAACAUCAAGAGGAUUCAGCCACCGAGUCCAGCGUUCAAUCGAAAUCCGCGGUAUAGCGAGCAGAAGAGGUCAAACGCGAGGGUCAACAGUCCUACUCCGAGCGUCGGUAGUGGCUGCUCCCUCGAGGAAUCGCGGGAAAGACAGGCCGACGCGGAGAACAAACGCAGGGAGGCGGAGACCAGGAGGAAGCGAGCGCAGGAAGAGAGGUUGAGGGAGCAAGAGGUCGAGAGGCAAGAGAAAAUGCGACUGGAGGAGAUCCUGGCGAUGUGCGCCGAGUACGAGAGACAGAGCACCGUCGAAAAGCCGAGACAGCCGAAUCGGAUAAUCACGAACGGAUCUCUGCCGCGCGACAAGAGGCUCGGCUACCAGUCUCCCUUCGACAGUCCGAAAAGUCCGUCGAAGAACCAGCCGCACUUCUCCUUCGACGCUUGCAAGCAGAGCGGCGCCUGCGGCUCGGCGUCCUACGAGAACGUGUCCGUGCAAAAUUCCAAGUUCAUUUUCCAAAACGGCGAUUCGCCCGUCAACCGUAAGGACCAAUUCGCUCAAGUCGAUUCGCGCGACGUGGGCUCGCCGAUCACGUCGAACGACAGUCAGCCGGCGAAGUACCCGCACGUUCGCGACGCAAGCAGCAACUACAAUUUCUCGGACUCGAUUAAUCAAUCAUCCGGCAGCAAUUACGAAAACAUUAUCAUCGGGAGCAACGAUAAAAAGUACGACGACACCGGCGACUCAACGUACGGAACGAUUCGAUUGAACGGAACGAGAAUCGAGCCGCUGCAGCGAGCGAUGCAGGGUGCGAACACGAAUGUCUACGAGAACGUCACGUUCCCGACGACACGGAACAACGAUCAGAAUCGUUCUAUGCCAAAGAAGCACGGUCAAUUGUCGAACUCGUGCGAAAUGAUCGAAAAUAAACUGACCAUAUCGAACGACGAUCUGCUCGAGGCGAUAGAGCAGCUGUCCAUGCUCUCGAAAUCCAAAGAGAUCUGCGUGACUCCUAAGCGAAACAACAGCGAAAAGGAUAACGCCAAGUCUAACGAGGCGAAAGCCGAUAAGGAGAGGAAGCAGUUUGAGGAGGAAGAAAGCAAAAAAUACAUCGAAUUCUUGCGCAAUGAGAAACUACACAUUCUCGGCAAUAUGGAUGCGCUGAAGAGGAGCGUCGCUGAGAUCGAGGCUCAGGAGGAAGAAAUUAAUAGAGAGUUCGAGAUGGAGAAGGCGCUGCUGUCCGCGGAAUAUGAAUCGGAAUCCUUAAAGCUUGUACAGGACGAGGGAGAGAAGAUCAAGGUGCAAAUGCGAAUAAACGAGCUGGAGAGGGAAAUGGCGGAGGAUAACGCGACUCACUCAUAUUUGCAAUCCGAGGCGAAGCAACGCGUCCAGAGAACGCAGCAAGUCUGCGUCCGACUGGACGAACAAUUAACCGGUUGCGCGGACGAAGUUACGCGGCAGGAUAUUGCCGACGAAUUGGCGGCGCAGCAGGAUGCUCUUGAGAGCGAGAGAAAAGCUUUCGAGGACAUGGAGUUUCAUCACCUCGAGGAAGAGGCGAGCAAAUUGGCAACGAGAGAAGAACUGCAGAGAUACUUGAGCGAGCUCACGGGGAAGAUCGAAGCGAGAAAAGCCCAACUGAACUACUUGGAGUCGCAGCGGUCUGAGGCGAAGAAUGCGGCAACCAAAGACGCCAGGAGUCUCGAGAGGCAGAAAUUGGGACACCUGAAGAGACUGGAAGAGGGUCGAAAUCGGGUGCGAAAGAUAAACGAGGAGCUCGACUGUCUGGCCCAAAACUCCGCCGAGCAUUGCGAGGAGAAACGAUCCCCGAGUAGAGAAGACUUCGACAGAAUCUCCAGAGUGACCAACGAUUCGCCGAUCGUGAACAACCAGGGCAGUCUAGGAAGGAAGACGAUCGAGUCGCUCAAAGAAAUCGAGAGGAAUCGGCAGCUUCUCUUAGCUAAACAAGGGAGUCAGGUAAUCUCGGAUGAAAGACGCAGAGUCGAGGAAUUGAAGAGGCGUGUGCAGGACGAAGUCCGUUCGCAGUGGGAGGAGAGAAAAAUGAACUGUGCGUCUUUCAACAGCGUCGAAUCCGGCGAGGAGUCCUCCAGUUACUCGACCGGACCGACGGAAAGCGGUAGCGGAAGUAGCGACGGUGCGGAGGGCGGAAACAGUGAAAAAUUGUCCCCCAGCAAGCUUUCGGAACUGACUUCGCCCAGUCCAGGACCAUCGAAUAAUUCUUACAGUUUGCUUCAAAAUGAUAACAUGAGAGACGAUAGAAGAACAUCGAUGGAAGGUGAGAGGCUUAGCGACAAUAGCGGUGGUGGCGGUGGCGGAGAAGGUGGUGGCGGCGGCGGCGGCGGCGGAGGCGGCAUCAUCGACGGAAACGGAAGUCGUCCGCUUUCUCAAACAUCUAGCGAAAUGGAUACCCUUGGACCGCUGCAGCCUAUCAAGCAUCGCGAAAAGGCAAAACUUCAGAGGCCACUCACGAGAUAUCUGCCUAUCAAGUCAGAAUCCUUGGAUCUAAGGCAUCACAUAGAAACCGCCGGACAUCAGUUACCCCUAAUCUAUGAUGUUACGAUCGACACCACGAGUUGCAGUGGUUAUUUGUCGAAGAUGAGCAAAAAGUUUCAUCAUUGGAACAAGCGGUGGUUCGUCUUCGAUCGCAAGCGGAAGACGCUGUCUUACUAUAGUGACAGUACGUCAAGAAAAGCUCGCGGCGUAAUCUAUUUCCAGUCAAUCGAGGAAGUCUACGUGGACCACAUGAAUACCGUCAGAUCGCCGCAACCUUCCCUCACUUUCAUCGUCAAGACUUCCUCCAGACUCUAUCAUCUCAUGGCACCCAGCCCGGAAGCUAUGCGAGUUUGGGUCGACGUUGUGUUCACCGGAGCGGAAGGGUACCACGAAUUCGAUCAUGGCAUUUGAUAAAGGACGUUAAGUGAAACAACGUAUUCGCGAUACGCGUAUUCCCUCGAUACGUCUCCCGGUGCGGAUUUAACGAAAGAUGAGAAAGUAAGCGUGAUUUCCGAUCUUUAAAAUUUUUUUGCAAGGUAUUAUCAUGUAAAAACGUUGGCAAUUUUCGACCAAAAAACAAGAGCCCUAAGCAGGUGUGUAAAGCAUCUGACAUAGAUCGGAAAUGGCGAUUUUCUUUAUGAAUUUUAAACUCUUCGCGGUCGUAGUGCGCUUUGACAUAAUAUGUAUUGUCGGGUAUAGCACGAAAUAAACCAACAAAGGGUUAACUUUUUUGCUGGUCAAUAACGGACGUUUUAAUAGAUCUAAUAAUAGUAAUGGAAAACUGUCGCGUAUCAGGUAAUGUUCAUCUGAUAUUAAAAUUGUCCAGAUACGAUAUCGACUCCUAUGAGAGACACGAGUACACUCGUUUGUACAACGGUUUGUACCCUUUUUUUCCACAAAAAAGAGAAGUCAAGUUCUGGGAAUUAAUCAAAAACCAGUCCUCUCAUUGGAUCACUAGCCAUGUUCCAAAGUGUAUUGAGAAAAAAAAGUGUUCAAAUCGUACUGAAACUAAGUGUAUAUUAACUGUAUCGAAAAAGUAGAAAUAAGGGACGUGAGGAUCGGGCUGCUAUAACGAACGAGGCAGUUGAGGGCAGUUUAAAAAUAUAAAACGUCAGCUGUUUAUAUAACGGAGAAAUAUACUUCAGUACGUAUCGAAUGUUAUAGAUUAUAGAUUCGCGUAUCAAAUGUUACAGAUUAAAAAAUUUAAACAUAA